AUGUAUUAUAGUGAAUAUCUUCCCCGAAUCAACUCCAUAUCGGUCCUCGUGGACUUCGACGAUCAGACAGUAGCAGAUAUCACCAAGAUCGAAGCUUCUGCCCUGCAGUUAGGCAUCACCACCAAAAAGAACCAUUAUUCCAUCACUCUUCCUACUCCAAUAACCAAUGCAUUAAAACUUACCAACUUGAAGAGUACCACCCAGAAAUGCUUAUCAGUGACGAUGGCAGUUCCUUCGAGUGUCCCCAAGCCCGUGGGCGAGGCUCAGUCCUUCAUGGCCCAGAACUCCACCAAGUGGUCCUGUAAAGAUCUACAACAGAAGACACCAGUGGAUGGCAACAACCAGAGGAUAUUCACGUUUUCAUGUGGAAACUGUGAUGUACCGCUAGUGCAGUCUAGCGACUUCAAGUUUAUGGACAUGCCCUCUGAGUUCUGGUACGAAAUGAUGGACUUCUGGCAUUGUCACAAACCCCACAAUAAUCACAGUACCACCAAAGACUAUUCCGGAGUGUUGAAGCCGCCCAACGACUCCACCGUUAUGAUAGGAAGCCAUUACUUGCUCCUCAAUAAAAACGAUCGUUUGGCCAACGAUGGGAAGCUGGUCAAGUGCUCCCAGUGUGGAACCACUCUUGGUGAUGUCCACGAAACCUCACUAAGAAUCAACAAAUGGGAGUUGCAAUUGCACUACAAGGAUCAUUCCGAAACAUUUUCUCCUCACCUUUUCAUCUACAACUCCAUUCUCGACAAGAUCAACUCGUUGGCCACCAGGAAGUUCAAGUUCUACCACUCGAAUCGGUGGUGGUAUUUAUGGAUAAUGAAUGUUGGGCUCGACAUUGCAGUGGAGGGUGCAAUUCUUAAUAAGGCAAUGAAGAUCCUCUAUUUUACAGAUCCUAACGACGACUCCAACUUCGUAGAGGAAUAUGAGCUGUUGAGCAUCACUUCUCCCGAGAUAAUCCUCCAGUUCACCGAACAACUCGAAAAGAUCAAUUCUUUGCUUCCACAGUGCAUAAAAACCGUUGAAAUGGAUAGAAAAUGGAAUGUGGGAUAUCUUGCUGAAAGCGGGCAAGUAUAA